AUGCAAGACACACUCAAUUUCCCCACCACCUCCGCCUUCGCCUCCGCCACCAAAAUCUCCUUACUCCUCCCUCAAAUCCUAACUUCCUUCCGAAAACCCCUAACCCCCCUUCAUUCCUCCACCGCAAAACCACCAAUUUCCCCACCCUCUCCACCAAAACCACCACCAUCCACCCUCUCAAACCCUCCAAAUUUCCAACCUUUACCCUCCACCCCACCACCACCACCACCACCCUCAACCACUACUGUUCCUACUUCCCCUGACCCAGAAUUCCAAGAAAAAGCCAUAUUCUUAGACUCCAUUGGCCUAGAUGACUCACUCUCUCUUCUCCCUCCAUCCGCGAUCUCCGCCUCCCCACCUCUCUCCGAUCUCAAAUCCUUCUUUGAUUACCUCACCUCGCUCGGCUUCUCCCCGCCGCAGCUCCGCCGUAUCGUGACCAUGACCCCGGAAAUCCUUUCACUUCGCCUCCAAGACGCUGCCCCGGUUUUCGCCUUCCUCCUCCGGGAAGUCAAGGUCCCUGCUUCCGACCUGACACGAGUAAUCUGCCGCCGCCCCCGGCUCCUGGUGUCCGAUGUCGAAACCCGGCUGAGACCCACCUUGUAUUUCCUCCAGAGCAUCGGAAUUCAUGAGGUAAACAAGCACACUAACCUCCUUUCAUCUUCAGUUGAGGAUAAGUCCCUGUCCAAAAUAGACUACUUUGAGAAAGUUAGUUUUGCAUACCGUGAUUCAGUUUCCAUGUUUAGGAGGUUUCCUGCAUUAUUUGGUUAUAGCGUUAAGGAGAAUUUCGAGCCGAAAUAUAGUUACUUUGUGGUGGAAAUGGGGAGAGAUUUGAAGGAAUUGAAGCAGUUUCCUCAAUGCUUUUCGUUUAGUUUAGAGAAAAGGAUUAAGCCUAGGCAUCAAGUUUGUGUAGAAACUGGGGUUUGUUUCCCUCUUCCUUUAAUGUUGAAGAUGAAGGAGGAGGAGUUUGAAAAGCGAUUGGAUGCUUGUUGUAAUUCUUUUAUGCCUAGGACUGGUUCCCCUUUGUGGGGUGUGCAAAUUGACAAAUGA